AGCAAAGUUUAUUCUUCCACGCCAAAAGAAGGAAAAGGAGGAGCCGCUGUUUUAAGCUGCGAAGAUGGCCACUCGUUUGUUUGAGGGUAAAGACCACGCUGCUUUCUAUCAGAAAUACAGGUUCUCGCCCCAGGCGAACUUGCAAGCUGUGAUCUUCUCAUACGUAGACAAAAAGGGGAGUUCCUUUUGUCUGGCCGUGGACGUGGGAUGUGGCUCAGGGCAAAGUAGUCACCUGCUGGCAAAGCGUUUUGAGAAGGUGGUUGGAACAGACAUCAGUGCAGCUCAGAUUGAGGAGGCUAAGCAAGCUGACCACCCUCCAAAUGUCUCUUACCUCGUGUGCCCUGCAGAAGAAAUCCCCUUUGAGGAUCACUCCGUAGACCUGAUCACAGCUUUUACUGCGGCCCAUUGGUUUGACAUUCCCCGCUUCAUGAAGGAAAUUGACCGAGUUCUCAAACCAUCGGGCUGCGUGGUUUUGAGUUCCAACACCCUUGAUAUGCAACUGCACUACAAAGAUCGUUCGGAGAAGCUAACGGAGAUCUUGAAGGAGAUUCAAGAACAGCUUCGCCCCUACGCAAAUGAGAAGGUCCAACUUGUUGCGAAUGACUACAAAGACAUAUUUGAUUCCUUGCCCUUUGGGGACAAGGAGAGGAUCACAGAUAUUAUCGAUAAAAUUCCCUUCAAUGUUGCUGACCUGAUGGGAUAUGUCCAGUCAUUCUCCAUGUACCAAACUUUUUUAAAAGCCCAGCCCGAGGCCGCCAAAACUCUCCUCGAUAACACCGAAAGAAGGAUCCUAGAGACGAUGGGAGUUUCCUCUCGUGAAACUCAGCUGGAGCUUUGGACUCGUCAAGUUUGUGUCCUGGGUUGCAGAAGUUCUUAGAAGUUAUUCGGGUCCAGAUCGGGAAUGCAAUGACCAUUGAAAACAAUGCCAUGUUUCAAUACAGUGCUGUAACUCUUGAAAACAUUCCAAUAAAAAACAAAUGGCUCAUGAAUUUCAA